GGUAGAUUAAACAAUUUAGGACAUUUCCAAAUCACAUCAAAAGACAGGUGACAAACAAAAGGGAAACUGGGCAAGUCAAUUGAAAGUUUUGGAGGAAGUAAUUGUAUAGAGCAAUUCAUAGAAAUCUGUACACGGACCAGUGCUAACAACGCAGGCAUCUUCUACUGGACAGGACCACCGUACUCGGCGAGAUGCGGAGCCUAAAAAAAUGUUGUGGUGAAGAUGUAGCUUAUCAUUUGCUAAUCACAGCAAUAGCAGUUGUAUCGUUGCAAGCAAUCAGAGUUGUUUCAGUUGUUGCACCAAAUACUGGUUGCUAUGCUCUGGAUAACUCCAGUCACAUUCACGAUUUUAGUAGCUGGAUUGGACAGCCAUUUGAGUAUGAGGGGAAGGGGAAGGAUGAUCCUGACUUGGUGGUUCGAUUUUGCAAAGAUGUCGAGUCUAGAUCGCGAAAUGGAUAUGUGGACUACGGUAGAUUUGAUAAACUCAACUAUUUUCGUGCUGGGUCUGAACAUGUCAGCUUCGUUCAGGAAUAUUUCAAUGGUGACCUGAGGAAUUGUGAGCUGAGCUAUGACAAGAUGGGCCGAACAGCUAAGGUCAAUAUCAUUUGUGGAAACUGUCCUCAUGGACAAUGCAAAGGUGGACUUGGAUGCAUCUGCAAUGUUGAAUAUGAGUCUACUUGUAGAGCUGUGGUUGAACUUGCCAUUCCAUGUGAGAAACCAGGUCUGCGAGUCUUUGAAGGUUUCACAGUUGGUUUUCAUCCACGGUCAUGGGAAAUUGUUUACAAUGGCAUGACUCAAAUGGGCUAUGAAGCAGCUCACAAGGAAUUCAGCUUCAUCACUGCACAAACUCAUGUAGCACUUUAUAUGACUGCAAUUGCUUCGGUUUCGGGUUCUGUGCAGAAACCAUUAGUAAAGGUUUCUCCGGAGCAAGGGUUGAAGGUCAGAUUAUCCGGUUCAGCAGCAACUGGUGGAUCACCAACAACUUUGUCACCAACAGUAUUACUGAUCGACUGGAUAUGUGAUAUUGCUCGUGAUAACCCCUAUGAAGUUCAGGUCACCGUUCCUAUAAAAGACUAUGACCCCAUUCAGUUCACCCUCACAAAGAUGUGUGAAAAUCAGCAAAGCGAAGGUGGUGAUGCUGCAAGAGGAUGGGCCAUAUUUGGAGUAUUAUCAUGCAUAGUAUUAGUUGCCUCAACACUAUUCUGCUGUGGAGGUUUCAUUUACAAGACACGAGUACAGAAUCAGCGUGGGCUUGAUGCAUUGCCUGGAAUGACACUUUUAUCCGCAUGUUUGGAAACUGUAAGCGGUGUAGGCCAUGGCUAUUCACGACCAGAAGAUGUCAACAAUCCUUUUGCAAAUCAAGCUUCAUGGGAGCGCCAACCUACUUCUACUCAAGCAACAGGGAGAACUAGUGAAGUUAGGUACGGAUCAAUAUGAGUCCUGUUUGCCUCUAGAUGAGAGUCUUGCCACGUCCCAGGCCGGUGUUCCAAGUUAGAAAUGUGCACAAGACGGGUUUCUCUUUGGAAGCAACUAAUAUUUGGUGCUCUGGCUCUGCAUACAAAAUAUUGAUUUAGCCUUCUCAUUCUUGUGGCAGUAGAGAUUGAUGAACCAUGAAAGUUUUUGCAAGCUCUGAUAGACCUGCAAUUUUGCAACCCACCCCCCCAAAAACACACCCCCCCGCCCCCCGCGCCACCAAUGAUACUUUGUUCAUAGUGGUGCUCACACAAAUUAUGAGGAGAGAAAUGCUGUGACUUGAAAGAUUAUUUUUACUUGUUUCAUGGUAGAUGCAGUCAUGCAGUCGCUGUUUUUUUACACUCUUUUUGAGUUGACAAGAUCGAUGACAAUGUUUCAAAUCCAAGAGCCUAACAUGAGAAUCAGAUUCCUGUCGCACCACGUCAAGUCAA